GGAAGAAAAGGGAAAGAAAAGUUGUGAGGUCGUGAGGAAGGAUGGUGGAAGUUUAUGUAGACAUUUGGAAAAGUGGGGCAGCCUUGAACGACAGCGACGACGGAGAGUUGCUUCGGUGGAAGCGGAUCUGCGCUUCUGCCUAAACAUCGACGAGCAUUGUUUGACUCACUGUCUGAAGGUCUUGGAAGUAACGGCUGACGAAUUGUGGCUUCAUUAGGAACAAGGGUACGAUACUGUUCGAGGGUGUUCAGGUAGGCAGCAGUCUGCCUGUCUGCUUUGGCUAACAUCACGAAGUGGGCGACGACAAACGCCCCACCAACCACCACCACCACCACGAGCUGUCCCGCUCCCGAGGUCAUCACCAAAGCGCAAUAUCAAGAGAGCUGGGGAGGACGAAUCAAUUGACGAUACGAUCAUUGCAAACAGCAGAGCCAAGACGGCGGCAGGUUCACCAUGUCUACUGCCUCGGAUGUCCAGCUCGCCACGGCCGUCCACGUCUCAUAUAUCCAGUCCCUCGAUACACGCAAGGACUCGUACGAGUACUGGCUGACCGAGCACCUGCGCCUGAACGGGGUCUACUGGGGUCUCACGGCUCUACACCUGCUCAGGCACCCGGACGCCUUGCCCAGGGACGAGACCAUCGAGUUCCUCCUGUCGUGUCAGCAUGAGAACGGCGGCUUUGGUGCCGCUCCCGGACAUGACCCGCACAUGCUGUACACGGUGAGCGCGGUGCAGACUUUCGCCCUCGUUGAUGCGUUGGAUGUUCUUGAUGCCCGGGGCAAGGGGGGAGGAAGGGGGAAAGUCGUCGAGUUCAUAGCUGGCCUCCAAAACCGCGAGACAGGCAGCUUCACCGGCGACGAGUGGGGCGAGGAGGACACGCGCUUCCUGUACGGCGCCUUCAACGCCCUCUCCCUGCUCGGCCGCUUGGACCAGGACACAGUGGACAUUACAAAAGCCGUCAAGCACGUCGCUGCCUGCGCAAACUUUGACGGCGGGUACGGCCUGACGCCCGGCGCGGAAUCCCACUCGGGCCAGAUCUUCACGUGCCUCGGCGCCCUGACCAUCGCGGGCAGGCAGGACCUCAUCCCGGACGUGGACAAGCUCGCGCGCUGGCUGAGCGAGCGGCAGGUCCCCGGCGGCGGCCUGAACGGGCGGCCCGAGAAGAAGGAGGACGUGUGCUACAGCUGGUGGGUGCUGAGCAGCCUGGCCAUGAUUGGCAGGACGCACUGGAUCGACCGGGACAAGCUCAUCCGGUUCAUCCUCGCGUGCCAGGACACGGAGAAUGGCGGCAUCUCGGAUCGUCCGGGCGACAUGGUGGAUGUCUUCCACACAUUGUUUGGCAUCACGGGGCUGAGCCUGCUUGGGUACCCAGGGCUCGAGGCUGUUGAUCCUGUGUAUUGUCUGCCCAAAUCGGUGACGGCACGGAUACUUGGCAAUAAGGGGGCUCAUGUCGAUAAGUGAAGAAUAAAUAAUGAUACACAAGACAAAAUAUGACUCGAAAUAACAUGCCUCCUACUCGGCAGCCUCCCUAGGACGAGAAUGGUUAUGUGAGUUUGCCAUGGUGACAACACUGGCGGUAACAAUUCAACGUUUGGCCAUAUGACGUCUGCGGAGGAUA